GGGCGGGCCCAGGCGCUCCCCGCCCCGCAGCCGCCCGAGCCGGAGCCGCCGCGGCCGGAGCCCGAUGCCGGGAGCUGGGCGCUGAGGGCGGCCCCGAGAUGGGGAUUCUCAGCAUCACGGACCAGCCUCCUCUGGUCCAAGCCAUCUUCAACCGUGAUAUAGAGGAGGUGCGGUCGCUGCUGAAUCAGAAGGAGAAUAUCAAUGUAUUGGACCAAGAAAGACGAACGCCGCUGCAUGCUGCUGCCUACAUAGGAGAUGUUGCAAUCCUCGAGCUCCUAAUACUGUCAGGUGCUAAUGUUAAUGCAAAGGACACUGUUUGGCUCACCCCAUUACACCGCGCUGCGGCUUCUCGUAACGAGAAGGCACUUCACCUCCUCCUGAAGCACUCGGCAGAUGUCAAUGCCCGUGACAAGUACUGGCAAACGCCUUUGCAUGUCGCUGCUGCCAACCGGGCCACCAAGUGCGUGGAGGCCAUCAUUCCCCUGCUGAGCACCGUGAACGUCGCGGACCGCACGGGCCGCACGGCACUGCACCACGCCGUGCACAGCGGCCACCUCGAGAUGGUGAAUCUGCUGUUAAACAAAGGGGCCAGCCUGAGUACUUGUGACAAGAAGGAUCGCCAGCCCAUCCACUGGGCAGCUUUCCUAGGGCAUUUGGAAGUUCUGAAGCUGCUGGUGGCCCGGGGUGCUGACGUGAUGUGUAAGGACAAGAAGGGCUACACCCUGCUCCACACCGCGGCAGCCAGUGGCCAGAUUGAGGUUGUGCGACACCUCCUGAGGCUGGGAGUCGAGAUCGAUGAACCAAAUUCCUUUGGUAACACUGCACUUCACAUUGCCUGUUACAUGGGCCAAGAUGCCGUGGCCAACGAGCUGGUCAAUUACGGCGCCAACGUCAAUCAGCCUAACGAGAAGGGCUUCACCCCUCUGCACUUUGCUGCCGUCUCCACCAAUGGGGCCCUGUGCCUAGAGCUUCUUGUGAACAACGGAGCUGAUGUCAACUUUCAGAGUAAGGAAGGGAAGAGCCCUUUGCACAUGGCUGCCAUUCACGGACGGUUCACGCGUUCACAGAUCCUCAUUCAGAACGGCAGUGAGAUUGACUGUGCUGACAAAUACGGCAAUACCCCCCUCCAUGUUGCUGCUAGAUAUGGCCACGAGCUGCUAAUUAGUACUUUGAUGACGAAUGGUGCUGACACUGCAAGGCGUGGGAUCCAUGACAUGUUCCCUCUGCACUUAGCUGUUCUCUUUGGAUUUUCAGACUGUUGUCGUAAGCUACUUUCCUCAGGUCAGUUGUACAGUAUCGUCUCCUCGCUGAGCAACGAGCACGUGCUGUCUGCAGGCUUCGAUAUCAACACACCUGACAACCUCGGGAGGACUUGCCUCCACGCUGCUGCUUCUGGAGGGAACGUUGAAUGUCUUAAUUUGCUGUUGAGCAGUGGUGCUGACUUGAGGAGGAGAGAUAAGUUUGGAAGGACUCCACUGCACUACGCAGCUGCCAACGGCAGCUAUCAGUGUACGGUGACGCUGGUCACUGCAGGAGCCAGUAUUAACGAGACUGACUGUAAAGGCUGUACCCCCUUACACUAUGCUGCUGCUUCGGACACGUACAGGAGAGCAGAGACUCAUUCAGGAAACAGCCAUGACACUGAUGAGGAGCCACUGAAGGAGUCAAGACUGAAGGAGGCAUUCUUUUGUUUAGAGUUCUUGCUGGAUAAUGGUGCUGACCCAUCCCUCCGGGACAAGCAGGGAUAUACCGCUGUCCACUAUGCAGCUGCGUACGGCAACAGGCAGAACCUUGAAUUGCUCCUGGAAAUGUCUUUUAACUGCCUGGAGGAUGUGGAAAGCACCAUUCCAGUCAGCCCUUUGCACUUAGCUGCCUAUAAUGGUCACUGUGAAGCCCUAAAGACACUUGCCGAAACCCUUGUGAACCUCGACGUGCGGGACCACAAGGGGCGGACCGCGCUGUACCUCGCCACGGAGAGAGGCUCCACGGAGUGCGUGGAGGUGCUCACCAGCCACGGCGCGUCCGCCCUGGUGAAGGAGAGGAAGAGGAAGUGGACGCCUCUCCACGCUGCAGCUGCCAAUGGGAACACGGAUUCCCUGCACCUCCUGAUAGACAGUGGGGAGCGGGCGGACAUCACCGACGUCAUGGACAUCCAUGGCCAAACCCCACUGAUGCUGGCGAUCAUGAAUGGCCACGUGGACUGUGUCCACCUCCUUCUGGAGAAGGGAUCCACGGCCGACGCAGCAGACAAGAGGGGCAGGACCGCCCUGCAUCGAGGGGCUGUGACGGGCUGUGAGGACUGCCUGGCUGCCCUGCUGGACCACGAUGCCUUCGUUCUGUGUCGGGAUUUCAAAGGCCGGACCCCGAUCCACUUUGCGUCGGCGUGCGGGCACUUAGAAAUCCUGAGGACCCUGCUGCAGGCAGCCCUCUCUACUGACCCUCUGGACUCUGUGGUGGACUACAGUGGUUACUCACCGAUGCACUGGGCUUCGUAUAGUGGGCAUGAAGAUUGUCUUGAAUUGUUACUUGAACACAAUCCAUUUGCGUACCUAGAAGGAAACCCCUUUACUCCAUUGCACUGUGCAGUAAUUAACAACCAGGACGGCACUGCUGAAAUGCUGGUGGAAGCAUUAGGUGCCAAGAUUGUUAAUAGCAGAGAUGCCAAAGGAAGGACACCCCUUCACGCUGCUGCCUUUGCAGACAACAUCCAUGGUUUACAGCUGCUUCUGCGCCACCAAGCUGAGGUGGACAUGACUGACAAGCUGGGGAGGACUCCCCUCAUGAUGGCUUCUGAGAACGGGCACACCGCAGCAGUUGAGUUCCUGCUGUACCGAGCAAAAGCAAAUAUAACUGUGCUGGAUGUCAACAAGAACACAGCUCUUCACCUGGCCUGCAGCAAGGGUCAUGAAAAGUGUGCCUUGUUGAUCCUGGGGGAAACCCAAGACCUUGGCCUUAUCAAUGCAAGUAACAGUGCUCUCCAGAUGCCGCUCCACAUCGCAGCUCGCAACGGACUGGCCUCUGUCGUCCAGGCCCUGCUCAGCAGAGGUGCCACUGUGCUGGCUGUGGAUGAAGAAGGUCAUACCCCAGCCUUGGCAUGCGCCCCCAACAAGGACGUUGCCGACUGCCUGGCACUUAUCCUCUCCACCAUGAAGCCUUUCCCACCUAAAGACGCCAUCAGCUCUUUCAGCUUCAACCUCCUCAAGAACUGCGGCAUUGCAGCCAAAACCGCAGCCUGCGGGGCCCUGCCCAACGGCAGCACUUGCCCCUACAGCAAGGACCGGCACAAUGCCAUCGGCUUAGACGGCUGUUACUCGGAGUAGCUUAAACUAUGGGUGACCUAAUAUCUUAUUAUAUUUAUUUAGAAAUUCUAUAAAUAUAGGGCACUUUAAAGGAGAACAAGACUGGGCAGGCCUUCUAGUGCGGCCGGAUAAGCCAAGAGUUCAGAGCUUCCUCUUCUUGCUUGAUUGCCAGUGUGGUGCCAAAGCUGUUUAUGGAGUUCAGGAGCAGCCGGCAGUGCUGUUCGCCACCCCUGCCCCUCCCGCGAGCGCGUCCGCUCCCGGGUGAGCCCACGCUUCCACCCUGCUGUCGUGAUUUCUCUGACCGCUGGACCGGAGACGAACGCUGCAGGCUUAGGGUCGAGAUGAGGCAGGUUCUUGGAGACCUGCCCCUGACUUCUCUUUGGGGUUUCCUGGGUUUUUUUUUUGUUUUUUUUUUUGUUUUGUUUUGUUUUUUUGUUAAGGAACUUACAUGUUUCUAGCUUCCCCUAGCUAGCCGGCUCCCCUUUAGAAACUGCGAAGUGGGAUUGCUCUCCCAGUGAGUCGAGCCCUUCCGUGCUGCCAGGGCUGCUCCUGCCGUUCUCCGCGUCUCGCGGCGGCCCGGGAGCUGCUGGGAGGUUCACACUGCUUUCCCUGGAGCAGCGGCCAGAAAGAAUUGAACUGAGAAAAAAAUCAAAACUUUAAUUAAAAAAAAAAAAAAAAAAAGCAGUGGGUUGGGACCAUCUGGUAGCCCAGAGAUGGGAAGAGCGGUUGGGUCCCAGCCUUCGGAGGGGAUUGCAAUUGUCCCAGCCUCUCUGUCCCCCGUCCUGGCCUCUCACCCUGCCUUGCCCUCGCUGCAGCCCCUGGUGCCCCCGGGGUGUGCGGGGGGAGGCUGCCGCGUCCCCCCGUGCCCUCGCUCCGCUCGCUCCUCCGACACCGUCUAGCCAGACCGGGAAGCCUGAACUCUUGGUGGGAUGGAGGGGGCGGGGGGUACCGGGGAAUUGGAUGCUCUCGCGAACGCUGGGGUGGGUGUUAGCUCCUGGCCAAGUGCCACUGUAACUGCUCCUCUCUGAGUCACACUUCUCACGCUCAUCUUCGAUUCCAAUACAAACACUUGAUCAAGAUCUACUGUACCUGGGACACUAAAAUAUCCUUUUGGCAGCUGUCAUUUAUAUGCAAAAACGGGUGCUGCUGCCCAACCCCGCGGUCUGCUCGCCCACGGAUGCGCUGCUGGAACCUCCCUCCCUACACCAGGCACUUUAGGGAUUCUGUUGGUUUCUUUUUUUCUUGGCAAAAUGUUGGAUCCUAAGAAACGAUUUUUUUAAAUUUUCGUUCUCUUAUUGCAUGGCCGUUUUCAUGUGAGAGUCAGUGUUGCUUUUUUAAAAAAAAAUUAUUUAUAAAGAAAUGAGCAUUUACCUUUAAAAAAACAACAAAAAUCAUAAAAAAAAAUCUGAAAGUUUUAGCCUUUUAAUAGGGAAAAAAUGCACUUCAAAGUCCUUAUUCACAACCCUAAAUAAGUCUGUGUUUAUUUUUCUAAUGCAGCAUCUUGGCAGGUUUUAUUAGCGUGUGUGUAUGUGGGAUCAUUGUUUUCUGUUUUUUUUUAAUUUUAAAAGUCAUAUUUAUAAUGCAGGUUUGAAGCAUUCAAGAAUGUUGCACUGUUUUUGUUUUUGUUUUUUUUUCUGAAUUACUGUAACAGUAUCACGUGCAAAAAACCAAUACUCUUUCACCAUAUCACAAGUCUGUUCAAAGCCAAAGACUGGGAUGCAGAGAUCGAGAAGGGGCUGACGGGGCGCGAAGCGCUGAGCACAUCGUCCUUCCUCCCUUUCCCAGCCCGGCCGGAGGGAGGGAGCGCGGGGCUGGGGCCGAGGCGGCCGCGGCUGCCCGAGGUGGCCGGGAUGAGCCCCGGAGCCAGGCUUUGCACGGGGAUGGGGAGAAGGGUCCGUUAAAGGCGCCGCUUUCCCGCCUCCCCCCUCGCCCUUGCUCUGCCCGACGCCUCGGUGGCCGCGUACCUGCCCUUGGUGCCCAGACCGUUACAGGAACGCCUGGGCCCUGCGUUUUGGCUCUUUCACGUAGUGUUUAAAAGAGGAAAAAGCAUUUCUGUAACCAAAAUAAUGUAUUGUUUCUUUUUUUAAAUUAUUUUUAAAUGAAGGUGGCUUCCGUUAGGGUUUUGUUUGUGGCGGUUUCCGUGGCCGUGUGAAACGGACGGUGCAACGUGCCGUUCUUGCAGCUUUCCGCGGGGAAGCGCCGCGCCGCUGCCGCCGGAGCGGACGGGGCCGCCGAGCUGAGGCCGUUCCUCCGGGCAGGAGUCGGACCCGAGGUGGGCAAGUCCCGUCGCGCUGUUUCUUUCUUUUACCAAAGCCAAACUCUUAGAACCAAAUAUGAAGUGUCAGUCUUGGCCUUUGGGUGAUAAGCACACUUUCUCCGCGUUUCCCACGAGUUUUACCGCGGAGGAGCGGAGCGGGGGCCCGGCUCCCUUCGGUCUCCUCUUUCGGCACCAGCUCCGCAGCGGAGCGCUGGCUCCCUGCCGCGUCCCCACCUUGCACUUCUGUUCAGCAAAGCACUAGAAAUUUGACCUCAACCAGACUUUGGCGAUGGGGAGCGGAGGCAGAAAUCGGGCGCCUCGACAUUAGCACAGGAGUCAGCCUCGUCUUCGGAGGGCUUAAAUCCUGGGACGGCGGACGCCAGGUCCUCUCCCUCCACGCACUUCUCUUAAACCUUUCUCGAAGACGGAUCUGCCGUCAAGCAGCUCCAGGCGUUUGGGCCGGGCAGGGACCCAGCGAGCGGCGGCUGCUCUCCCCGGACGGCUUUUCCCGGCCGCUCGCCCCAUCGGCCUCGCGGGCGCUGGCGGCUGCGGGAAACCUGUCCUGGCAGCGCGGCCGCGGCGGCUGGAGCCGGCUCCCCUGCCUCCCUCCCUCCCUCCCUCCGCAGUGUUAGGGCAGGAUCCAUCCUCCGGCCCCUCCCUGCUCACCCCUCACAUCCUCUUAGCUUGAAAGAAAGUGUUACCUUUCUGCACCGAAUACCUCAGUUCGGAACCGGAGCUCACAAAACUUGAAUAAAAAGAUCCUUUUUGAAGAUCCUUUUCAGUAUUCUACAGAGGAGAACUGGAAAAAGAGACUUGUUUACAUUGCUGUCGAGUCCGCACUCGCCUCCUGCAGCGCUUUCCCUUUCCGGGAGGGAUCCAGGCAUUGCUUUAUCUCUUCGUCUUCUCUUCUCGCUGCUGGCCAUCGCCCUCCCCCCCGGGGCAGGAAAAUGGGUCCAAAGUCCUGAGUCGUCUUUUUCAAGGGCUAAAGUACUUUUUCAGGCACAGGGAGAGGCUGAGCUGCCGCAGGCCUUGCUUUCCACACCCCAUCCCGUCUCCCGCUCCCAUCCCGCAGGCACGUCCCCGCCGCAGCGCAGCCUGCUCCCCGGGGCCGGGGGGACGCCGGGCCAUUCCCGGGAGCGGAGGCACUUUCCCAGCCCUGCUCCGGCUCGGAGGUGUCGGCAGGGCUGGGGCUGCCGCGGUAGGACUCCAAAACCAUUUCAGUCGAAUGCAACUUCUUCCUGUAGCCAGGGUGAAAGAAUUUCUUAGAGUACAUGGAGUGUGCUGCUUUUCCUUCUUCCUUUUUUUUUUUUAAUUAUUGUGGUUUUCAGUUUCUUUUUUAAAGAGAACUGAUCUUUCUUUUUCUUUUGCUUCGUUUCUGUGCUAUGACUUGUUACCUUUCGCUCAACAUGACGACUAAAACUAUGACGAGACAAUCAAUGUGAUCUCUGUAAGGGCUUCUCCAUUUCUUCUCCGCAGCACCAUGCUUUAGACAUACGUAUUUUUUGCUCUUAGCAAGGAUUUUUUUCUUUCUCCCCUCCCCUUGUGUCUUAUUGAAAAUAAUAAUAAUAAUAAUGGAGUGAAACGAGGUUUCAGCAGCGCAUCCGUGGUUUGGGAACACAUGGGAAGCAAAAGGGGGGGUGGGGAAGGGGGAAGUGCGGCCAGUUUUCUUGCAGGUACCAGUCUUGUUCUCCUUUAACGCUGUAUUGUAUACAUUUGACAGCACAGCUUGACAAUUUAAGUAAUAAUCAAAGUGUUUGGUAAUAAUGCAUUAUUUUGCUAAACGAGAUUUGUGAUGGUUUCCCUAGUGCAUUGUAAAGAGGGAUGGAGGGAAACUUCCGCUCCCCUGCCCAGUCCUUUGGGGCGGCACCACCGCGCACCGGCGCACGGACCGGGCGGCCUCGGCGCGCGGUGGUGCCGGCCGGGGCUUCGCCCGACCCUCCCUUCCCGCGGACCUUUAUGCCAAAGUUGGACCAUUCCCGCUUCGCGUUCCCUCCGGCUCCCGGCGUUGAUUUGGUGUCGCGCUCGCCACGCGGUGACUCUUUUGGCUUCCCCCCCUUCAGCGCUGCUUAAUCUUGGUUUCAAACAAGCGGGCAUCGGAUCACGCCUCCCCAGCGCUCUUCCCUCUGUUUCCCUUUUCCUCAAAAAAAAAAAAAGAAAGAAAAAAAAAAAAGGGGGAAAGAAAAAAGGAAGUUUCUCUCCGCCCCCUUGGUCCAAAGCACUUGCUUCAAGUAAUAAGCACUUUUGUUAAAGCAUGAGUCUGGAUUCCCUUUAGCAUCCCAUGGGAUAGAGAGCAGCAAGAGCGGAAGGGAUAAGAGAGUGUCUUUGGUUUAUCUUUUAAUUUUUAGUUUUAAAAAAGUUUGUUUCUAGGGAAUGAAUGAACAAAGGGAAGUUGUGUUUUGAGAGGAAAAAAAAAACAGCACAAAUACAUUUCAGCGCGAAAGGUGUAUUUGCACUGCCAUUGUAGACAAGCGGCCGCGCGACCGGCGGCCCCACUGAGCCAUAUAAACUGCUGACAAACACUGAAUGUAACGUCCUUGCGGAGGGCGGUCCAGGGAGGCUGCCGUCGGCUUUAUUCUCGACGGGCACUUCAAUAAUUCAAAAAUAAGCGAGUGAUGAGAAUAUGGUUGUUGCUUUUUUGUCGUUGCUGUUCCCAAGCUGCAGGCAAUUUGAAAUUUUUUCUUUAGGAAAACAUCUCUCUCCCGCGCCCUCUCGCCCCCCCGCCUCUCCCCCCAUCCCUGUCCUAGGAGAAGUGAGAGGUCCCUUGACCAAAAGCGAGAUGCAGGCGAGCAGUCGCCGGCCCUGCUGACCACGUCCCAGGGCUGGAAUCUGGCAGAUAUAAAAGUAGCACUAAAGACAAAAAAAAAAAACUCCAAAAAUGGAACAAGUAUGUUUUUUCCGAACACUCUGAGUGUCGUAGUGACUUUGUAUAUCCUGGGGAGCCUCUGGGGCUCCUCCGAGCAUGCACGGUGAAGCGUUAGUACGAAACAAAUGAAAAACCAAAACAAAGAACAAACUGCAAAGACCCAAGAAACAAUCUUUUUUUUUAUUUUGAUUUUUACGUUGUUUGCUGGGGCGGGGGGACUUGCGUGGCGGGACCCCUGCUCUGCCCCGCUGUGGCAGCUCCGCCCCGGGGGGCUCCCGCCGCCCCCCGCCCCGGGGACCGCAGCAGCGGGGGCACCGGGGCCCCGCGGGCGCGAAUGUCGGGGCGCUUGGACCCGUGCAGACUGUAAGCCCACUCUCACCUUUGCCUUCAGUAAGAAACCAAAGGAAAAACCAACCCCUUCCAUUUGAAAUACUGGCAUGAACACGUGGAUUGUUUGGUUUGGGGUUUUUUUCUUUUUCUUUCCUUUUUUUCCUCUUUUUUUUGUUUUGUUUUCUUUAUUUUUUUUUUCCAAGGACGCAAGGAGCUGUUUAAACCUCUUCUCCUGGCUGCAUUUUUCCGGGCUCAGCAGUGCUGGGUGCGUUUGAAAGGAGAAAAACCAAGGCGAGAGUUGGCCGCAGCCCCGGCGGGAGCUCCGGAGCCGCGCGUCCGGGGAGGCGGAGGGCAGCGCGUGCCGCUUUCCAGCCGCGGCGCGAGGAGGUGAGGGGCGUUGCGAGGAGCUCCGGUCGGAGCAGCGGCUCUGCUCGAUUCGCGGAUAUUUGGUAAACGUCCUAAAGUCACAGCGUGAAGUCGAGGCAGAAUCGAAUCCGAAUCCCGAGAGAGGGCCGGGGUGGGAAGGGGGAUGCAUCUCUGAGGACUUGAAGGCAUCUGUAGCAAGCUCUGUGUCUUUACAAUAUCCUAUGUGUAAAUGCUGCACCUCUGUAUAUUAUGCACAUAAACAUUUCUUUGAAUAAGAUAGGACAGACCUCAUCACCAGUCAGGUAUAAACGACUCUUCCUCUUCUGUGUCUUGGUGUUCUGGCGUGCGUGUGCGUGCAGGUGCGUUCGUGUGCGGGUCCGUGUGUGUGGGCAUCUGUCUGACUUCACUUCCGAUGCAAAGGAGAAGGAGGAAAAAAAAAGGAAAAUAGCCUUACUCGAUCCAGUCUUAUUGAUAGUGUUCGUCAACUUGAAAAUAAUAAAGCAACUGCAUGGAAACCUCUGACCUAGCUGAGCCGCGGUGCGUGACAGUGGACGUGACGUUUCAAGUGCGGUGUGCCGAGUUUUUUGUGCCGUGUGUUUCCGAAGCACUUGGUCCCAUCGGAAUUUCUCUCUUCUCUGUGAAGGGUGAGCGUUUGUGCUGCCUCGCUUCUCUCUGCGCUCUCACACGGCUGCCUCCUUCCCCGCUGUCUUUCCUUCUCCCUCUCUUUCUUCUUCUUUUUUUUCCUGAGGCCGCGGAGAACGAGCUCUCUGCGGCUAGACCAAAACUGCAGUUUCUUUGGUGCUCUGCACUUAGUUUCGGGGGGCCGAGGCUCGAGGGGGCCGCGCGGCGUUGGAGCCGGGGGCGCUGGGAGCGGGGUCCCGGCCGGGACGGAGGCGCCGGGCCCCUCCUCGCCCCCCGUCUUGUUCCGUUCCUGAAUUUUGCACUAUGGAGCGCGGCCGGAGCAGGGCCGCCGGCCCGCGGGACCCGGCGCGGGUGCGACCAAAAGGAAAGUAAAGGCAACGUUGGCCAGUUUUGCUGCGUCUGGGCGCCGGGGCGGGAGGGUCCCGCGUGGCGGGGCCGGGGGGCUCGGAGGGCAUUAGAGCAAACCGAGAGUCUGCUCUGGACGCGAGACUUGAGAAUGCUUUUUCCUACUUGAAGGUACUAACCAAAACAGCUGCUUACUUUAAUUUAAACACCGAGGCGCAUGUGCAGGGAUUCGGUUUGGGGCCGGACGGUGCUUCGGGGCGGGCGGCGGGGCCGCGGGGCGCAGGCGGUGCUCGUAGCAGGGGCUUGGCCCGCAGAGCUGCCGUCCCCGUCGCCCGCGCCGCGUCCUGCCGGCGCGUGGUGGACGCUGAGCCGGCCUUCGCGUCCCGGAGGGACCCGCUAGGGAAGGUGCGUUGGGAGAGCGCAGGAUGGAAAGUUGCACUAACGCAGUCGCGUGCCAGUCCCCCCGCUGCAGCAGGCCGGGGUUUCCCCGCGGGCGCCGGGAUUUUCCCGUAAGCCUGAGCUCUGCGCUGAGCCCCAAAGCUGCCGCGGGGGCCGGCGGCGCAGCACCUCUCCCGUUGGGCGCCCGACCUGCAGCCGUAGAGCUGGGCUUGGCCGGAGCCGGCGCUUCUCUCCCAGGGGCGCGGACGGGCUUCGCGCUGUUUCCCCACUCUUUCCAAAACCGCUGCUGUCGGGGAGAGCUCGUUAACCACCGCUGCUGUCGGGCUGGGCUGCGGCGGGCUGGGGUUUAGCGUGCACUUGGUGCGGCGGGCGAAGGGCUUUGGGCAAGGCUGGCGAUAGGGAUCGGUGUUUUGCGAGCAGGGGAUCCGAUGCGGCCGUUUAGAGAUCUCCUGGAUCCCGGCACGUGAUGCUCAGGCCGUGCACCGGCGGGCGGGUGCUCUGCCUCGCUGGGAGCGCCGGGCUCCAACGCUUUCCGAGCCCCCAAGGCCUCCUGUAAAGUCCUUUUAAAGUUAUUCGGUAGGUUCUUCCCUCUCCUUUUCCUUCUCUGAGGAGUUGAGAUUUACUUUGUUUUACAUCUGUCCUGCAAAAGGAAAGAAUAAACCACGGAAGGGCGGCUUGGCCCCGUGUGCCCAGCCGCCACUCGGAGCCGCCCCGUCCCGUCCCGCGGGAGUCCUGGCUUUGCCGUGGUCGGCAUCUGUCCCGUGCCGGAGCUGGGGCUCCUCCAGGGCUUGCGUCUCCUCCACGUCUCCAAAGCAAUAGCUGCCCCGCGGCCAGUUUUGAGCAGUUCGGGCUGUUUCGGAGACUUUCCGAGGGGGCUCGGGGUGGCGUUCCCGGGGCGAAGGGCCUGACCCGUCCCUGCUCCGGGGCCGCCAGUUCCGAGCGCCCGGGGACCCGGAGCCUGUGUGCGUCGGCAGACGCUGCGGCGCGGGAUGAGCCAGCUGUGGGUCCCGCUCGGUGUCAGGAUGAGCCGCGGCGUCGCCUGUCUCGCUGGCGGCAGCGCCCGGCUUUCGCUGCCGCGGGAAGAGCCGGCGCGGGGCGGAGGGCGUCUUUGCGGGGCAGCUUUCGCGGCGGCUGGGAAACGAAGAGCUUUUUUGAUUUGUGUCUUUUCUGCACUGUUCACACCUACCUCUUGCAAUAAGCGGGAGCCGGGCGGCCGGGGCGGCAGAGGCUCUGCGCCCGGCGGCCCCCCUUCCCGGGGCUGCUCCGAAGGGGAGCAGCUGCUUUGUCUCCCUCGAAGGUACUUUUCCUUUAACCCCCGGCUUCUCCCCCCUCCAGUGCACUGAGAUGUGGGAUCUGCUGGGCGAAAGCGCUCUCGCGGGGGACCUGUAAUGCGGAGCCGCCGUCGCGCGGGCAGGGAGGGAGAGGCGAGUGUGGCAGCCCCGUCCCCGUCCCCGUGGGGAGGAUGCUCGAGCAUCCCCGCGCCGGGGCCGGGCCCUCGCUCCGUCCGUCCGUCCCAUCCCGGGGCUGCGGAUCCCAUGGGGGCGGAAUGGGAGCGCGGCCCCGCUCCGGGCGUCUCCCCGCUCCGUAGGUGCUUCUUCCUCCAACCAGUGGUUCAAAGCACAAACGCGUUGCCUGGCGGGUCCGGGCGGGCGGCGGGGCGCGAGGGCGGCCCCCGCCCUGCCCCGGGGAGACCCGCCGCGAGUAGGGUAGAGUUUUGAUGUGCAAUUUAAAAAUAUAUUAAAAAAAAAAUAGUAUGAAAUCCCCCCGGGGCGGCCGCGGCGGCCUCGAGGUGUCGGGUGCCUUGGUGGGCAAACUGAGCCAUGUCCCUGGGCGCUUGCCGGCCUCUCGCCCUGCUCCCGAGAGCGGCCGCCCCGGAGCGCCCCGACGCCGGCCCUGGCGCCCGGAGCACUUGUCUCGGGCGGAGGAAAUUAGAGCAGCCAGCGAAACCCCUUCCGUGCCGGCGAGGGACCGCAGAGCUGUCCGCCCCCCUCGCGGCUCCAGGGAGCGAGGAUUAGGCGAGACGUAGGAGAAAAAAUAAGGAAAUCAGCCCCACAAGCCAUCCACCCCCCAGCGCAGACACUGUCCUCUCGGCCUCGUCCCUACACGCGUGUGAGCCUAGUGAGCGGUUAAUUUGUCUCGGAUGUUCCAUAUAUGUAUUUUCAGAAAUCCUGCAUCACCUUCGGGGAGGGAGGGAGGGGGGAAAAAGGAACUAAAAAGAAAUUAAAAAAAAAAAGGAAAAAAAAAGAAAAAAGCAUUCAGACUUGAUCUAUUUUAUACAAUGUAAGCUGCGACCAAGUCCUGUUAUUCAUAUUGUGGCUUUGAAUCAAUUAUGUUUAUUAAAAUGCUAUUGCUUCUA